UCACGACCAUGCUAUUUGAUAUUAUCAGUGGAGCCUCCGAUGAAGUGAUGUCCUUCAACUCCGCUCGGAAUUUACACUGCCAUGUCCAUUAUGAAAAUGAAUGGAUUAAGGUGAAGACCUGGUCUAAUGCUAGAAAUCCGUGGAGGAGUCUGAAGGAGAUCACCCCAUCGACACUUUUGUCUGAACAUUGUUUUAUGGCGUCGGGUCUAUCGCCACCUGUUGGCAAGUGUCGGUAUCUGCAAGCAGUGCGUUCGCUUUCUCAAGCCCUCAGACCCAUAGUGUCGCUACCUGGAACACCAACCUACAGAUUAGCCAAGGAACUACACCAAAGACUAAAACACCUAGUAGAAGACUCCCACCACUCCAUUCGCUCCACCCAAGAAUUCCCGAACACCAUCAAUAACACAAAGAUAGUAGAGGAUGAAAUAAUGGUCUCCUUUGACGUAACAGCCCUGUUCACAUCCAUCAACAUCAACCUGGCUAAAGAAACACUGACGACACUAUUAGAAGAACCGAAGACACAUACACCAGACACCACCAGCCUCAUCAGCAAGGACAACAUCAUCAAGCUAGUGGACCUAUGCCUCACCACCCACUUCACUUUCACUAAUAAAACCUACAGACAAACCAACGGUACACCCACGGGAUCUCCGAUAUCAGGGUUCUUAGCAGAGGCAGUAAUGCAGAGACUCGAACAAACAGCUCUGCCAACCAUCCAACCCAAACUUUGGGUCCGCUAUGUUGAUGACACCUUUGUCAUCAAUAAACAAAACAAAUUAGAGGAAACCUUCAAGACCAUCAAUAAUACCCUUUACUGGCAUAACAUUCACAAAAGAGGAGGAAAACAACAACAAUCUGCCAUUCCUAGAUGUCACAGUAGAGCGAACAGUCAAUGGGGAACUUCAAACCAGCGUCUACAGGAAAACAACACAUACGGACCAAAUACUGAACUACAGGAGCAACCAUCCCAACACCCACAAACGAAGCUGCAUUAGAACAUUAUUCCAACGAGCCACCACACACUGCAGCACAGAGGAACUACGAAGAGCAGAAGAAAAUACAGCGUAUUCAAAAAGAAUGUGUACUCAGCAACAAACCCAAACAAACAGACAAAACGGGCCCAGAAACCAUAACCACGCUCCCCUACAUCAAAAACAUUUCCGAAAUGACUGCCAGACUACUCGGACCUCUUGGCAUCAGCUUCCAUCGUGAAUAUGAAUCUGACCAAUCCUAGUUUCAUUUGUGAUGUGUCCUAGCUGGCAACUAGGCAACAUCAAAAAUGUGAUGUCGUCUCUUCUCUGUGUUUGUAGUUCCUCAGGCCUCUGAUUGUUUCGGUGAUGAAAACAGUAAAAUGGGCAACAAGUCCCGAGAAUAGUGUAGACCUCCAAUUGUACAGUACCUCCUCAGAUCUUUGCUUGGGGACUUUGCACAUCACGUUGGUGCCAGUUUCUGCUUCUCAACUGGUCAGUCACUGAAACGGCUGGAGCUCGAGAUCACCCACAUACACUGUAUCUGCAGGUUCAGCUCAAACAAUUAUAGCAACGACGUAUCUACCUCUCACCCACCAGACCUUUAUUAUGAGAUUGCAUUUACACAGCACCAUCAAUGCUUCACCUCGGUUCCACUCGGCUGUGAUACCGUACUGUCCAAUCAGAGUGGUGUGUCCCUUUUGAUCUUUUGAUUUUACAUUUUGUAUCUGACACCUAUCUCACUACCCCGGAUGAAGGAGUGAUGCUCUGAAAGCUUGUGGUUUCAAAUAAACCUGUUGGACUAUAACCUGGUGUCACGUAAUUUCUGACCUUGCCUGCACCAGUCCAACCCCGUCCCCAGCGGGUGAUUUUGCACAGUUUGCUGACGUCUGUUUCCCUGAAUCAACGGAUCAACAUCAGAAUGUACAUUGAAAAGAUACUAGCUCGGGGCCAUGCGGAUGCAUUGCUUUGGGUCAAGUUCUCCAAUUUAACCCACGCAAAAUUCAUGACAAGAUUGAAUUCAACAUACACCCAUCAGGACCCUCUCUUCCCCUGCUCCACACAGAGUGAGACAGAGACAAGCAGCGGGAUUUGACCCCUCUUCGUAAUUCCCCGCUGCCUGUAGAAAGCGGCCACUGCAGCUUCGAUCAGCGGCUUCCUGCUCGUCCUGGGACACAAUUUACAGAAACUCAUUUCUAGUGAACGGUUUUUCUCCUGUGAAAGAGUUGAAAAAGCUUUUGUUAAAUUUGACAAUGGCUGCAGCAGAUUUUCCCUGUCUUUGGAACCUUUCUGCCCAAAUGCCUAUCUCCAAAUUAGAAGCAACAAGAUUUUUUGAUGAGAACAACAAUAUAUAAAAAAACUCUGCUCACAUUUAAUGAAAGGGAGGGAAAAACACAACUUGUUCGGAUAAUGAGGGAGCAGCACUGUAAGGCGAAUGUAAUAACUGCCACACCGCAGAAAAACAGUGGGCCACUGACCCUACUUUUUACACUGCCUUGGUCUAUUAUGCACAGACUAUCCAUUCAUCUAUUACAUUGCAGUACCUCAUGCAUGAGACCCUCUUUCAGAUGACACCUGUGCUUGCAGUGUUGAGUCUGUAUUUUGUUGAUUCAACGAGAGGCUGUAAGUUCAUUUCUUUCUGGGACCUGUGAGAAUUUUCACCAUCUGCUGCAUCCAACAUCCAAAGGAGCUCUUUAAACUUUGUUUAAAAUUAUUUCUGAUGCAACAGUAUUAACUCCACCAGCCAGAAAUGCGUUUGAAAUACUGUAUUCUUGUUUGUCCUUCCAGGUGUUUGAGAAAGGUAUUUCGGAUGCAGUUGAUGUGAGGAAUGUUCCAGUUAAGCAGGAAGAAUGAGAUGGAGCAGUAUAAAUUGCAGCGUAAUGAGGAAACAAUGGGGCAGUAAUAUGGACAGGGAGGUGACCGAAUAAUUUUCUUCUUUGGUGUAAACAGAGUCUGAUUUUAAAUCUGAAUUUGAACAAUAUAAGUCAGAUGAGUGAAAUCCUUGCUUUCUGGUGGUUGGUCUCUCCUGAGGUGUCACUUUCGGGGGAACGUAUCUGAUUGCUCCCAUUUGUGGGUGAAAAUGAGGUUCAGUUCCCCGAGGGGGACAAGAACACAGUUUUACCAUCUCAAACUUCAGUCCCAUUUAUUGAGACUUUUGAGAUUGAAAUGUCACAGGGAAAGUAUUAUUGAGAUGAACACUUGAAACGCCACAGCAUACAAGGCUACAGACCAAGUGCUGGAAACUGGGAUUGAGGGGCUGUGAUUCAAACAUUUUGGAAGAGAAAAGAAGUAAAAACUGCAUCAUUAAGAAACAAUGCACAUACUUCUGAAGUCAUUCCUGUGGCCUAGUGGUUUGGAUUUGACACUUUCACCACCGCAGGCCGGGUGUGAUACCCAGUUAGGGAAUCAGGAUUGUUGUUCCUGACAUGGAAAAUAGCAGAGGUAAAACAGCGCUGACGGGAAUCCUUUCAAUAGUUUGAAUCAUUUACCGUCCCUGAGAACAUGAAAGUCAAUGUCGCAGACUCUUAAGGAUGGGAACGGUGCCUGACCUCUCUCUGUUCUGUCAGACAGGUCACCCUUCAUUCUCCUCUGAUUCCACUUCCCAAAGAGAUUCUAAAGAUUCUUGAAGCUGAGACUGGGCAAGUUAUUUAGUUUCCUUGUCAUUCCCAAUAGCUGCAAUGAUUGGGUCAGUGGAUUUGGGAAAAUAAAAGUUGCUCAUGGGCAGCUUGUGGGACAAUUUCAGGUGCCCUUUACUCCCACGAGGCUGGGACAUUGAUGACAAUCACUGAUUGGAGUCAGAAAGGAUUCGCAUUUGUGCAGAAAUUCAAAAGUCAAACGCCCAAAACAGCGGUCAGGAGGUGUAAUGAGCUUUUACAUUGAGACUGAGCUCGGUAGGAGUCAAACCUACAAUCUCCUGGUCCGUAAUCACGUGCAUAAUCCAUUGUGCCACUGACCCACUGCAUGCAUGCCCCUUACACACUGCUGUUAUGGUGUUAACAUGGAUACGAGUAGCAGCAGUAACAUUCAUCACGUGAACAGCCAGUAAAGAUAAUCACCGUGACAGCUUCAGUUCCACGGCCCCCAACUUUGUGAUGCGACGCGUUUCACGGGCAAAGAAAACACCUUUGCCCUCAGGGAGUUGCUCUUUACCCUAUCCAGUCCGCUGGCCCAUUCAAUGAAAUCAGUAAUGUUCUAUUAAAUGUCAACUCCACUUUCCUGCUUUUCCUCCACAACAUGAGGAAAACUCAAGCUUAAUUGCAACAUCGUAUAUUCCCGUUAUCUUUUGGGAGGUUACUUUACUUAAAUGACCUGUAUGUGUUUACAGGAAAUUGAAUAAUAUUAAACGAGCGAAAAAGCCCUUCCUGCAAUUUAACCCAGUGUGGAGUCAACCAUAUGAGAAAGUUCAGAGCGAGAACAUUACCCCCAUUUCUUCGUGCGCAGAUAUUUCUCUUUGUGAGUUGAAUAUUUACGGCAUUUUUCUUCAGAAUUGAGAUAUUUUCAUGGACAGAUAUUCCCUGAGUUCACAAAUAUCUGUGCUGAUGAAAAAUAUUUUGCUUCAGGUUAAAAUUGUUUUCCCAAAUCCUGACAUCACAAUAAUCCUUGUUCUAUGCCUCAAAAAGUUGUUCCGGGUGAGGUUAGAGCUCAGGCUCAGCAAUUUACGCGCCUUCAUACCAACACAGAGAGACCAUGCGCUCAACAAUUGUGUUUUUCAUUCCUUGUGACACGUGCUACAGAAAUGCAGCAAAAUAUAAAACAUUUUUACGUGAAAAUAUUCUACAAGGUGAUACUUUUCUUUCUUCAAACCCUCGCUAUUUCAUGUAUCUGUGCUUGAUGUAUCAGAAUUCAAACUCAGCUCUUGGAGAUUUCUCUCAUUUGCACAAACACCAACCCUCCUUUACUUUGUUUGUUUCACUUCACCAAGGCGCUGUGUAAUCUAACACUCAUUUUUACAUUGACACUGUUCAGUCAGUCCUGCUACGGUCACGGUCGCUUAGUGAACAUGAUCCAGAUUUAUCAACGAAACCUUGAAACCUGUCGAUCCACUUAGAUACUGUGGUUGUGAGACCAAACAUCAUGUAGCAGCUUUUUCCUGACAUGUGCCAGUGACUAUUACAAUAUCAGACUCAGGAAAAGGACACAGUAUAGCAUUGAUAAAAAGAAACUUCAAUGGAAAGACAAUUUUCUGUGGUUUUGUCAUUUAUGUGGAAGAGAUGUAGAAAGUAUCUAAAGUUCAGAUUGGAAUGAUGGCAAAAUAGGUCACGUAAGAAUAUGCGACAAAUUGUUGCGUAUCUGUAGAAAACUUAGAAUUGCUGAUUCAAUGUUGACCUCAAACUUAAAACACAUUCUGCUUAAAUAUAAAGUAUCAUCAUUAAAAGACAAAUGGAUUUUUUUCUGUCAUUGCUAGAGGAAUGGAGUUUAAAAACAGGGAGGCUAUGCUGCAGCUAUGUAGGGUCCUGUUGAGGCCAGACCUGGAGUACUGUUUGCAGUUUUGGUCUCCUUACCUGAGAAGAGAUAUACUAGCGCUGGAGGGGCAGUAGAGGGGCUUCAUGCGGUUGAUUGCAGAGUUGAGAGGCUUGGAUUAUGAGGAGAGACUGAAUAGACUGAGAUUUUAUUCAUUGAAAUUCAGAAGAUUGGGGGGAGAUCUUGUAGAAACAUAUGAGAUUAUGAAGGGAAUAGAUAAGCUGGAGUUAGGGGAGUUGUUUCCACAAACAGGGGAAACUAGGACUAGGGGGCAUAGCCUCAAAAGAAAGAGAAGUAGAUAGAGGUCAGGAGGAACUUCUUUACUCAAAGGGUUGUGAAUCUGUGGAAUUCUCUGCCCAGUGAAGGGGUUGAAGCUACCUCACUGAAUAUUUUUAAGGCAAGGCGAGAUACAUUUUUGAACAGUAAAGGAAUUAAGGGUUAUGGUGAGUGGGCGGGUCAGUGGAAAUGAGUCUGAAAAAGAUCAGCCAUGAUUUUAUUGAAUGGCGGGGCUGGAUCGAGGGGCCGGAUGGCAUACUCCUGCUCCUAUUCUUAUGUUCUUAUGUUAUCAACCAUGAGUUGUGGAACCAUGACGUAUGACAUUUUAUAUGGCCUGUGUUAAGGGGAUGUGAUAAACUAUCCGGGCUUAUCUGCUUCUAACAACUGUGUCAAUCUAUAACGGUGUUUAUAAGUAUUGCCCUGUUUUUGUAUUUAUUAGAGACAAUGGA